UACAACGGGACAGAGUAAAGAGGCUACAGGCAACACAGGGGGAAGGAGGGACACAGGUGCAAGAAGAGGAAGGGGCACAUGGGAACAACAAGUGCAUUGAACACGGCCACUAAAGGUUUCAGGGAUCCAUGCAACAACCUGCAUCAAGAGCGAUUUGGAAGCUCACUGGCUGACCUGCUGCUGCUGUCCUCUGUCUGGGCCAUCUGUCUGUGGGCGUUGGAGCUAGCAGACCCAAGCCCAGCAUCUGGACAGCACUGUGUCUUACUUAAUGGAGGGGCCAGCGUGCCGCUGGAGAGCACGGGGAGCAACCGGAGGCUCAGGUUAUCCUGCAGACGUGAAUUUGAUGAGAAAUUGACAUAUAGUCGAUGAGUGUGUCAUCAAAAAGAUGGAGUACAUCUGUUUCUUUCACCUGGGCGAGACAGCAGUGGACAGUGAGAGAAGGAAGAGGGCGUCGGGCGCAGAGUCUUGACUGUCGGAAAACGUGAAGAAUUUCACUGAAUCGACCACUUGUUUUCGGUUGUUUUUUUAUGGCUCUAACUGCGUUAUUGGGCCACUUCUGAGAUAUUUUCUCUUGGCCAGGAAGUGGAUACAGAUUAGAUGUGUUAUCAGAGGUGAGAGGCUGCUGAAGACCAGCCAAGACACAGACAUUGCACACUUACACACACACACACACACACACACACACACACACACACACACACACACACACACACACACACACACACACACACACACACACACACACACACACACACACACACACACACACACACACACACACACACCUAUGCGGUAUGCUUCAUUACAAUGAGUACAUAUAUACAUACUCUGCCCUAUUGAGCACACACAUACUCACAUACACACAUAGAGACACAGCCCAUCUCGCACAACGCUCGGGGACUUGUUACCGUAACAAACCUCUCUGGCACUAGCUGUUCCAACUUCUAUCCUCACGCCUUCCACUGGGAAUUAGCCUGUCACUACGGCCGUGGACUGCCUCAUUCUGUUUAUGAGUUGCUCCUUCUUUCCUCUGGCACCGUCUUUCUUCAAUCACCCUCCAUCACUCUAUCCAUACUUCCACCCCCCACAUCCCCACCCCAACUCCCUUACCAGCAAGAGAUAAUGUGACCUUCUGCCAAAGUGCUGGAAACCAUGCCACGGUCGCAGCGGGCUCCUCUGUUGCUACUGAAAUAGACUCCAACAAGUGCCGAAAGGAAGAGAGCGGGGGAGUGAGGGAAGGGAGACAAGGGAAAAAAGAGAAGCAGGACAGCUGAAGCCACGGAAUGAGCCGGUGGGAGCCAGGGCUGGAUGCGGAUUGCCAACGCAGGCAGUAGGUGACUGAGAUGGGCGUUCGUCUAGGCCACUUGAGCGACUCCCCGUGGUGGUGGCCGCUACUGCUGCUGUUGCUGCUCUGCACUGCCCCCUGGUGCCAAGGUCGGCCUUUCGCAACGCCCUUGCCAGCAGUCAACGUGGCGGUGGUGUUCAGUGGCUCGGCCUACCAGCAGGAGAUCAAGGGGCGUCUCAGCAGGGAGAACUUCAUGGACCUGCCCUUGGAGGUGAAUCCCAUCACAGUGCUGGUAAACAACACCAACCCUCGGGCCCUGCUCACACGCAUCUGUGACACACUCGCGGCCAACCGCGUACAUGGUGUGGUGUUUGAAGACAACAUCGGCUCGGAAGCCGUGGCACAGAUCCUGGACUUCAUUGCCCUGCAGACGGCCGUGCCCAUCGUGGGCAUCAGCGGGGGCUCCGCCAUGGUCCUGCCACACAAGGGCGACGGCUCCACGUUCCUCCAGCUGGGCUCCUCCAUCGAGCAGCAGAUAAACGGCAUGUUCAAGGUGAUGGAGGAGUACAACUGGGACAGCUUCGUGGUCAUCACCAGCCUGUACCCGGGCUACGAGGUCUACGUGGACUAUGUCAAGACCUUCACUGACACCAGCUACUUCAUGUGGGAACUGCAGGAUGUGCUGACCUUCGACAUGUCUGCCGACGGCAUGAACGACAUCCGGGCACGGCGCCUGCUGCAGCAGAUCGACGCCCAGGUACUGCUGGUAUACUGCUCCCACGAGGAGGCCCAGUACCUGUUCAGAAUGGCCGGAGAGGCCGGCCUGCUGGGGCCUGGCUACAUCUGGAUCCUCCCUAGCCUUGCCGUGGGGAACCCAGACAUGCCCCCACCAAACAGCUUCCCUGUGGGCCUCAUCAGCAUCAUCACCGACCGCUGGCGGAUGAGCCUGAGGAAGAGGGUGCGGGAUGGGGUGGCCAUCGUGGUCAAAGGGGUGCAGAGCUUCCACAAACAGAGGGGCUUCAUCCCCGAGGGCCACAACGACUGUCACAGCCCUGUUAGGGCAUCUUCUAAUGAUACACUGUUCAGGCACAUGUUAAACGUAACAUGGGAACACAACGACUUCUCGUUCAACCCUGAAGGGUAUCUGAUCAACCCAGCUAUGGUCAUCAUCACCUUAGAUCGAGAGAGACAGUGGGAUAAGGUGGGGAACUAUGAGAUGGGGAUCCUGCAGAUGAGAUACCCGGUGUGGCCUCGCUACGGCACCUAUCUGGAGCCCGUAUCAGAUAACAGACACUUGACUGUGGCCACGCUGGAGGAACGUCCCUUUGUCAUAGUGGAGGCUGUCGACCCCAUGACUGGGACCUGUGUCAGCAACACUGUGCCCUGCCGCCGCCAGUCCAACAAGACAGAGACUAUUGUAGGUCAUACUGAGCCCUACACCAAACUGUGCUGUAAGGGUUUCUGCAUAGACAUCCUGAAGAAGCUGUCCCGCACCACCAAAUUCUCAUACGACCUCUACCUGGUCACCAACGGGAAGCACGGCAAGCUGGUCAGAGGCAGUUGGAACGGCAUGAUCGGAGAGGUGGUAUACAAGCGGGCGGACAUGGCCAUUGGCUCGCUGACCAUAAACGAAGAGCGCUCAGAAAUUAUUGACUUCUCCGUGCCGUUUGUGGAGACGGGGAUCAGUGUGAUGGUCGCCAGGAGCAAUGGGACCGUCUCACCCUCUGCCUUUCUUGAGCCCUACAGUCCGGCGGUGUGGGUGAUGAUGUUUGUGAUGUGCUUAACGGUGGUAGCUGUCACAGUGUUUAUCUUUGAGUACUGCAGCCCUGUGGGGUACAACCGGAGUCUGGUGAGCGCCAAGGAUCCCGGAGGCCCCACCUUCACUAUUGGGAAGUCUGUGUGGCUGCUGUGGGGCAUCGUCUUCAACAACUCUGUUCCAAUUGAGAACCCCAAGGGCACCACCAGCAAGGUCAUGGUCCUGGUAUGGGCCUUCUUCGCUGUCAUCUUCCUGGCCUCCUACACUGCCAACCUGGCAGCCUUCAUGAUCCAGGAGCAAUACACUGACACAGUCUCUGGACUGAGUGACAAAAAGUUCCAGAAGCCACAGGAGCAGUAUCCACCGUUUCGUUUUGGUACGGUCCCAAAUGGAAGCACAGAGAGGAACAUCCGGAGCAACUACCCUGAGAUGCAUGCCCACAUGGUCAAAUACAACCAGAAGGGUGUGGAGGACGCCCUCAACAGCCUCAAAUCAGGGAAACUGGAUGCCUUCAUCUAUGACGCUGCUGUGCUGAACUACAUGGCAGGUAAAGACGAGGGCUGUAAGCUGGUGACCAUCGGCAGUGGGAAGGUCUUUGCCACCACUGGCUACGGCAUCGCCUUGCAGAAGGAGUCCCGAUGGAAACGUCCUAUAGACCUGGCCCUGCUCCAGUUCCUAGCGGAUGGUGACACACAGAAGCUGCAGACGGUGUGGCUCACAGGGAUCUGUCGUAACGAGAAGAAGGAGGUGAUGAGCAGUAAGCUGGACAUAGACAACAUGGCGGGCGUCUUCUACAUGCUGCUGGUGGCCAUGGGGCUCAGUCUCCUGGUGUUCAGCUGGGAACAUCUGCUCUACUGGAAGCUGAGACACUCUGUACGCAAGUCUGAACGCCUCGACUUCCUGCUCGCCAUCAGCAGGGGAAUCUACAGCUGCUUCAACGGUGUGGAGGACUCUGACCGCAACGGAAACCUGCAGAACCCUGACGUCACCACCAACUACACCCAGGCCAACAUGCUGAAGAUGCUGCAGACAGCCAAGGACAUCGUGACCUCGACCAGAGUGGAGAACUCCCUGGACAAUGCCACCAAGACCAUAGAGAGCUGGAGCCGGCGAGGAGCCGACAAUGUGCGGGUUGGCCUGCCGCCUCGGGUGGCAACCACUAUAGACAUGGGCCACAGCCGCCUGCCCUACAUCUCCAGCAUCACGGACAACCACUCGCCCUAUCCCCAGAGGGCGCUCGCUUCCACCUUCCCCAUCCACUACUCGGACAGCGCCACCCAGCCCCUGCUGGACAAAUCCAGGGUGGUGACGCGGCCUACCCCACUACGCUACACCCUUCCGGCCCGUGGCAGCCACCACUUCUACGAGAGAACCCUACCCAUCUCCAGCCUCAGCAGCCCCCACAUCGCCAUGAGGGACCCUGCUCCCCCCAGCACCUCCAGUCACAACCCACACCCCAGCAGCAGGCUGUAUGUGGAGAGCCAGCCCCGGCACCCCACCUCCCCAUUUGUCCCCUACAGAGAGUUCCAGGUGCCUGACAUCUAUGUGGAACACCACAAGGGGCCCCUGGGACGGAAGUUCAGCUACCCCCCUGACCACAUGGGCAGGAAGAAGAGGUCCCACAGCUACGUGUUUUCUGAGGCCCAAGACACCAGGGGGAGGAACGACUAUGAUGAGCCAACCUCCUGUCUGGCUGAGCUGAGGGCCAACCACCUCCUGAACAACCAUGCCCCUUCUGCAUCAACCAUGGCCUGCAUGGGGGGCCAUUACCCCAGCGGCAGCGCCAGCUGCAACUCCUGCAUGAAGCCCUACCUGGAGCCUGAAAUGGAGGAUGUGCCCUUGCUGGGGAAGGACAAGGUCAACCGCCGGGCCUCUUUUCUCAAGGCCUCCUGGAGCAGUGACAGGAUCCGCCAGCUGGGCGAGAAGCCCUCCACCUCCACUAUGCCUGACCUGUUCCCUCGCGUAGUGGUGGCCAACCCCAAGCCCCACAAGCUGUAUGGCAGCCAGGGGAACAACCUGUGCUACCCCCUGGCCGCUGAGCCUGCCUACCUAGACCCGGCUCAUAUGCGUUCCUACCCCUACAAGCAGCAGAAGCUCAAGUGCUCCCAGUCCACCCGGCUACCAUCCUACAGGGAGGCUAUCCUGCAGAACGCAGCCGCCUUGCGGCGCUCUUCCUCCACUGUGGUGCACAGACACUACUCCACCUACCUGAACUCCUACACAGACCUGCCUGUAUACGUGGGGCCACUGACCCAGGGGCCCGGGCCGUUCUACGACAAGGACAUGUGCCACUUGUUCCCCUGUGCAAGCCACUGCCCUAACAACAAUGCCCUUGUGCCCCGUAUGGGGGACCGACAGGUGGUGUACCAGAACAAUAUGUUUGGGGGCUACGAGGGCGCGGUGGGGCGGUCGCGAGAGGAGCCCCCCCUGCCCGGGUCUGGGAGCAGGGAUCGGAGGGAGGUCCUGGUGGCCAGAAGAGUCAACAGUCCCUAUGUGCCAAAGACCUGGGGCAGGGUAUCCAGUCUGGAGUCUGAGGUCUGAGCCCUCCCCCUCCAUAUCUUCAGGCUGAUGGACUAUCCCUCCCUCUGGGGAGGGGAAAGCCUACCUGGGGCCUCCCCCUUAGCCAUUGGUUUAGGCAAAAACGAAUGAAUUAGCUACCAACAUGGAUGACUUGAGUGUUUACUCAGUGCAAUAAUAUCCUUGGCGGAUGGAAGGAAGUAGAGGACAUUGAAAGGCUGUUACUGCUGGGACAUUGUCAAGUAAACAUUAAAUGAUAAGAAAAGAAAAGAAUGUUGAAUAGUAUUUAAUACCUUCAAAUUUAACCUGUUGAUUGUUAUUUAAAAUAUUUUUAAAUGCUGUCUUGCUGUGAGAGAGAGAGACCUGGAUGACAAUACACUAGCCGCUCACACAGUUUAGACACAUUUUACUUUUCUCUUCAAUCAUUUCGGUAUCCUUCCAUUUAAAUUUAGACACAUAAAAAGAGAAUACUUUUGUUAUCAAACCACAGAAAUGUCUUCCACGACUUUUGUAAGUCCAGGAGCUCUAGGGAAAGCUGUCUAAGGCUUUUUGGCUCCGGUGGUCACUGAUAUAAUUUGACUUGGAUUUUAAAAGGGAAAAUGUUUAAUUAUCAUCUGUAUUUCCAUUGUUACUCUACACUUUAAUAAAUGACAAGGCCACUUCAAGGCCCUUUUGGA